AUGCUAACGGUUAAACCCAAGGCGGAAAUGGCAGACGAUGCCAAGAGUGUAGAGCUCUACAAUGAAGCGAUCGAACACCUCAAGUCAGUCAGCCUGCAGGUGAAGUCUCCAGGAGAGUAUGUUGCGGCAAGGCUAGAAUCGGUCUCUCUAGAUGAUAUCAGACGUGAGCUUAAGGCGCUGCUGGCAUCGUGCCAGUCCAACGCCUCGGGGAUUUUGAAGCCACUAGUGUCAACUGCCACCCCUUUCAAUGAAACGAUUGAGUCUACCAUACAGUCUUUGCUACCGUUCAAGGAGGUGCUGAAGGAGUCUGCACAGCAGCUUGAUGUCGGCAGGCACUCAAUCAAGCAACGAAAGUCACACGUAAAGUUGAGUUUGUGCAGGUUUGUCAUGGUUUCAUAUGCGAAAAUGGCACUGGCGACUCACCUGGAGGCUGUCAAACACCUGGAUAACAUCGCCGAAGAAAUACUCGAUACGUUCUCAACGGAAGAUGACACCGCCAUUAAGAACGACGCUAACAUUGUAUUGAGGGCCAUAGAUGCGCUUGAAAAACGCACGCAAUUUAUGGAGAAAACGGGCGGCAUCGUAAAAUCUGAUGACGACAAAUCAAAUGUGACCAACGAUUGGGCAAUCUUAGAAGUCAUUCCGUCUGAGAUUAAUAGGAUCCAGAGGUUGCUUAAACAAGGGGACUAUUACGAAAAAGCCAUCACCGAAUAUAUGAACUACUAUCAAAAAACGCUGAAGGAGGUAGACCAUGAGCAACUGGGUCUGAAGGAGGACGUAUCGAUUGACCCCGAAAAGACUAAUAUUGAAAACAUCUUGGAAAUAGAGAAGUUGCUGCAAUGGAACGAAUUGGAGCAGUUUAGGUCGACUUAUGCAGUUGACUCGGCGUCAAAGAACGUUACCAGGCUGCACGACAGCCUCAUCAAGCUCACUGACACGUGCACCAAAAGUGAGAUGACCACGCUGUUUACGCUCUACACCGAGAGGGCAAAUCUGUGUAUGCAGGACGCCAUGCAUGCAAACACGUGCCGAAAGCCAUCUCGAGAUAUCGCAACCCAUGUGAACGGGCUAUGCUCACUCAUAAAGGGGGGAGAACAACUGCGACUGCCAACGGCGGGCUCCAACAACGCCAUUCUACCCUUUGUUGAUACCUUCAUCCAGGUAUUUGUCAAACCCAUACUGAACACAAUUGUUGGCGAGCUGGUCCAAAGCGAGCAGGGAUACGUGCCACUCAGCCCUCAUGGAGAAGCGAACAAGUUUCCCAAUUUUGUUGACAUGGCCGUGGAACGUCUUCUCCACCCACAAUACAGUGUUGCAAUGCAACUGCUAAACGAUUUGGCAAAGGCGUCUGGAAGUGAUAAAUUUAAAGUGAUUUGUGUUUUUGACGGGAUUGCAAAAGAGCUCUUGAGGCACAUCGAGACGCAAUUUUCGUCGAUAUAUUUCCCCAUAUAUGUGGACCGGUUCGCCAGCAAUUUGGAGUCAUACAACCAACUGAUUGAAAACAUCGAAGUGGCGGCGGGCAGCUACCGCCACUACCUGAAGUGGAGAGGAUCGGACAUACCCAAUAGCGUCUCUAGGUGUUUCAGCGUUGGGGCUGUUUGUGAUAAUUUCAUCGAGCAUGCUGCAAGAAAGCUAACGACUGAAAUAAAGAUCAACGGCAAUAUUACGGGCAAAGUGCUUGAGGGGGAGGGACAGACGUUCUACAUGCCACCCUCCAUGGUGCUGCAUCGGCAGCUGCUGGCUUUGUUCAACCACCGCAACUUCUUCUACCACCUGGUGCCGCAAUACCUCAGGGGCGCGUCGGAAAUGUUUGCGGAAUAUGUAAAAUACCUGCAGUCAACAGUGGCCAAAAUGGAGUCGAUGUACGCCACGGAAUCUAGAGACGGCACCGAAUCCGGGGAGGGUGUGACCAACGCUGCAUAUAUGUUGCACGACCUCGAUGUAAUUGAAACCGCCAUAAAUUCGGGAGGCACUGAAUCUCUCACCAUCACACUCUCUACGCUGCCAGUUGACGCCAGGGAAUUCGACUAUGGCGCAAACUUCCCGCGCGGGGCAAACACGUGGGAGAUUUCCGAGAGCGAGCAGAGCUCGCCAAAAGCUUCAAGCGCCAGCACUAGCAGUGGCGGAACGACUUCCACUCAUGUUUCUGUCGACCCUAGCACUCCCUCGCAAUCGCCUCCCAAUGAAACCGAAAUGGAUGCGAACUCCAAAGACCUGCAAUCGGCAUUAGACUCAAGCAACUUGCCCUCUACUAUUGUGCUUCUUGAAGGUAAAUCGGACGGUGACGUUGUUAAGGCGGCGAUGAGAAGGCUGGAGUACCCGCUGCAGGUUGCAUUUAAACGCGUCUCGUUUGCCAUGGGUGGCAUCGACGCUAAAGAUACCUCUAGGACGUUGACACAGAGGUCCAGAGAUCUUUUGGAUAAAUUGUGGAAGGAUGCGCAUAAAUCGAACGACUCGAAUGGUUCCCAACAGAAUGGUGACAACACGACAGACACGCCGGAGGGCGAUGUAGAUAAGCUGCCGUCCGAAGACCUAACGGAUGUGAAGGCGCUUAUUACGUUUACAAAAACGAGCGUAGAACUGCUCUACAAUUUUUUCAACAGUGCGCACGAACAAAUCGAGGGCCUCAAGUACAAUCUGGAGUAUCUGGUGAUACAAAACCUGGUAUCGGGUGCUACAUGCAGCUUGCAGUUUCUGCAGUCAAUGCCGUCAAAGUUCAGGACCGGGACCAAACAGGACGUAAGCAAACCCAGCAAUUACGUUAAGUACACGCUGGUCCCGCUUCUGUCGUUCAAAGAGUUCACGGCGCCGUCGAUACCGCAGGACCUGGCGCGCAAAAUUUUGACUCAGACUGUCGCCAGGCUUUCGUCUGAAUACCGGACACAGGUGUUGAAGCUCAUGCAAACAGUGCAAAACCUCAACGAAUCGCUGCUAAAUGCCAAAAACGUCAAGGUCAAGGAACAGGGUGCCAACUACCUCAUCGCAGAUCUCGGCCUGAUUAGGGCGCAGUUGAAAACGGAUAUCGCAGAAUUCGUCCAACAGUGCAACACAAGGAUGGAAAUCCAGCAGGAGCACUGCGAAGAUCUCAGGCUGCUUAGCGUAUGCGUUCCGGACGACGCAGUGGAGGCAUGA